AUGAGAGAUCCAGAACCCUGCAGAAUCAAACACUCUAUAGAUACUGAAGAACAAACAGUUUCAGAGUUGAUUGAAGACAAUGAGAUGAAAGAAGAAUUGAGUGAAGUUGAGGAUAAAAAUCAGGUCAGGAGUGGAGAAAAACCCAAAGAGAAAGUUUUAAAGAAAAGAAGAGACAAGACCUGCAUUCAGUGUGGAAAGAGUUUCACAUACAAACAGUACCUUGAGCGUCACAUGAGAGUUCAUACUGGAGAGAAACCAUACACAUGUGAUCAGUGCGGGAAGAGUUUCACACAAUCAUCAGUCCUUAAGGUACACAUGAACAUCCACACUAGAGAGAAACUGUACACAUGUGAUCAAUGCAGCAAAACAUUUUUCUGUGCUUCAGUCCUGAGAAAUCACAUGAUAAUUCAUACAAAGGAGAAACCACAUUCAUGUCAUUUGUGUGGCAGGAGUUUUUCACUUCUACAAAAUUUGAAAAAACAUCAGAAAAUACAUACUGGUGUGAGAGAGUACAUGUGCUUUGAAUGUGAAAAUACUUUUACUACAUCGGACCAUUUAAAACUGCAUGAGAGGAUUCACACUGGAGAGAAACCUUACAAGUGUUCACACUGUGAAAAGAGAUUCAUUCAGUCAACACAUCUGAAAACACAUGAGAGGAUUCACACUGGAGAGAAACCGUACACAUGUGAUCAGUGCUGGAAGAGUUUCUCACAAUCAGCAAGUCUUAAGGAACACGUGAACAUCCACACUAGAGAGAAACUUUACGCAUGUGAUCAGUGCGGGAAAACAUUUUUGAGAGCUAAAGACCUGAAGCAGCACCUGAGAGUUCAUACAAAGGAGAAGCCACAUUCAUGUUCUUUGUGUGGAAGGAGUUUUUCACUUCUACAAAAUUUGAAAAUACAUCAGAAAAUCCAUACUGGUGUGAGAGACUACAUGUGCUUUGAGUGUGAAAAGACUUUUACUACAGCAACCUGUUUAAAACUGCACCAGAGGAUUCACUCUGGAGAAAAACCUUAUAAGUGUUCACAUUGUGACAAGAGAUUCAGUCAGUCAUCAAAUCUAAAAACACACAAGAGGAUUCACACUGGAGAGAAACCUUACAAGUGUUCACACUGUGUCAAGAGAUUCAGUCAGUUAGGACAUCUGAAAAGACAUGAGAGGAUCCACACUAGAAAGAAACUGUAUCACUAGGUUUGGGUACCGAAACCCGGUACCAAUAUGGCACCAGUAUGUACUAGAACAACUCAGGAAAUGAGAGAGCCUGAGGAGUGUGUGAAUGCAGUAAUUACACUUGCUCUGACAGCAGCAGGUAGCCUACCAUUAGCUAGCUAAGCUAAACAUGCUUAAAUUAAACUGCCUAAAGUUAAACUUCCCUUGUAUUCACAUUUCUAAACCUGUUUAUUGCACAACACCAGUCAAAUGCUUCCUUUUGUUAUCUGCUAUGGGUACUUGUCAAAAAAUAAAGCGGAAAAGAUGUUGUAUACUGUAAAAAAGGCUAUGUCGAUUAGCAAUGGAAUUUAAAUAUACUAAAUUAUGAAAAUACAAGCGAUGGCUUGAAUAACACAGAUAAACUACACAUUGUUGCAAACGAGUGUUUAUUGUCUUUGUUUUUAGAAUUUAAAAUGUUUAUAUCUUCUGUUUACUCAGUUUGUCCAUAUUAGGGAUUUCCUGGAGCGUCAUUAGUUCUGUUGCUUCUGUGAUGUACAGUGCAUGAAGUUUAUGAACCCUUUACAAUUUUCUGUAUUUCUGCAUGAAUAUGACCCAAAACAUCAUCAGAAGUCCUGAAAGUAGACAAAGAGAACCCAAUCAGUCAAAUGAGACAAAAAUAUUACAUUUAUUGAGAAAAAUGAUCUAUUGUUACAUAUCUGUGCAUUGCACAAGAAUCUUUGCUUUCAGUAUCUGGUGUGACCCCAUUUUUCAGCAAUAACUGCACAACAUCUUUUGGGACUUUCAGCCCAUUCCUCAGUACAGAGCCACUUCAACUCUUGUGCUGUUGGUGGGUUUCUUCCUUUGAACUGCUUGCUUCAGCUCUUUCCACAACAUUUAAAUUGGAUUAAGGUCCAUACUUUGACUCGGCCACUCCAAAACAUUAACUUUGUUCUUCUUUAACCAUUCUUUGGUAAAACAACUUGUGUGCUUGGGGUCGUUGUUUUGCUGCAUGGCCCACUUUCCUUUGAGACUCAGUUCUGGGAUAGAUCAUUUCCUUUAGAAUUUGCUGGUAUAAUUCAGAAUUAAUUGUUCCAUCAAUGAUGGUAAGUCAUCCUGCCCCAGAUGCAGCAAAACUGUCCCAAACCAUGAUACUGUACUACCACCACCAUGUUUUACAGAUGGGAUAAGAUUUCUUAUGCUGGAAUGCAGCGUUUAACAUAACGCUUCUCAUUUAAAACAAACAGUUCUAUUUUGGUCUCAUCUGUACACAAAACAUUUCUCCAAUAGCCCUCUGGUUUGUCCACAUGAUCUUUAGCAAACUGCAGAUGGGCAGCAAUUAUUUUUGGAGAGCAAUGGCUUUCUUCUUGCAACUCUGCCAUGCACACCUUGGUUGUUCAGUCUUCCCCUGAUGGUGGACUCAUUAACAUUAACAUUAGCCAAUGUGAGAAAGGCCUUUUAGUUUACAUUACAUGAAAGUUUACAUUUACAUUUAAUCAUUUAGCAGACACUUUUAU